GGGUCUUCAUUUCUGAAGGCUCCUGUGUCAAGUGAAACUUUGAUUAAAUACCUUUGUUAUGCUUUUCUCUUGUUAACCUGUCUUUUGUUAUGGGGGUUUUUGGCUGUAAACCUUGUGGCGGGUGAAGAAAAGAUAGGACUUUUCUCCCCUACAGUAUUUUAAAAGUCUUGCAGAGGCAUGUGCUUAUGUCAAAGAUGUCUGGAGGCAUGGCUUGACUGUUUAUUCAAAGACAAAGAAAGAACACUGAUGGACUUUCCUGCCUGGAGGAAAUGUCACCCUUGGCCACACAGCUUCUCAGAGCCAAGUUCACGUCCACCAGCGGCACUGAUUACUGACUCCUCAGCACUGUCCAGCGAAUGCUGCAUGGAGGCUCGCAGGCACCCCAGCUUAAAAAGGAGGAGGAGAAGACGCAGUAACAAUCGGAUCUCUCUUUCUUUUCCCCACAUUUCCCCCUUUUCUUUUCGACAAAACCGCCAUCGUCAUCAUGGCCCGUUCUCGAUGGUUGCUGUCUCUUCGGAGCUGUUGGGUACACCUGCAGAAAGGCUGUCACUUCACACUUGGAAGAUUGCACAGCGGGCAGGAAGAGGCGCUCCUCACUUCCCAGACGGGUCGGCCGGGCAGAGGCGCUCCUCACAUCCCAGACGAUGGGCGAUAGGCGGCCAGGCAGAGGCGAUCCUCGCUUCCCGGACGGGGCGGCUGGGCAGAGGCGCUCCUCACCUCCCAGACAAAGGGCGGCUUGGCAGAGGUGCUAACUCUUUAAAUUAUAGAGUUUGUGUCUCAGCCUCUUCCUUUUAGGUCGACAAAAUGAUAGAGCUUUGGAGGUCAAUAUUUAUCAAAACUGCCAUCUUUGCGAAAUCUUCUGCAUAUAAGAGCUGGAUGUAAUUGAGCUAGAUGCUGCUUUAUUCCACAGCACUGCAAAAUAUUACCCUCCUUUUCAACUCUACCCCAAUCGUAAGCUUCUGGAAAUACUAAAUCUCUCGUGGAUAUCUGUGUACCUUAACUUUUAAGAGAAAUUCUCUAAUGGCAGCUUUGCUGUGGCAGCUGUCAGACAUGCAUAUGAGGAAAUGUGUUGUAAGUGCACAGAUAAGGAAUUACCUGAUGUUUCUGUAGACAGAGAUUUUCAAACUCAUAAUUCUUUUCAUGUUCAUCAUCUUCUCCCCAAAUUAAAAAAAAUUAUUUUCUAUAUAUUUAUCUUUUCAGCUAGGGUUUUCCUCAUCUCUAUAUGCAUUUCUCUCAUUUUCAAAUAUAUU